CGCUGUGAGCGCCGUCUCGGGCCGACUGAGGCGUCGUACUACCUUGGCUCGCGCGGCGACCUUCUCGAGGGCGGCGUCAACGACAUGUACCUCCACCUCGGCUUCAAGGCUCGCGCAAGCCUGAUGGCGCCAGCACGAGUGCUCGACGCCUGGACCGAGAUCACGCGGCGGCACGUCCUCCUCACGAGCGCCGUCAAGUUCGAGGACUACUACGACAUCCGCUUCGUCUACGACUCGCCGCUCGACCCGCAAGAAGCGCGGGCCAAGGCUGCGCAGCACCUCACGCUCGUGACGGGCAAGGAGGGCAAAGGUGCCGAGACCGGCGCCAUCGACCGCGCGUUCGACGCCGAGCAAGAAUACGACCUGUUCCUCUUGUCGACGCACUUUAUCGGCGACGGCAUGGCGCUGCACUCGACCGCCAACGAGCUCUUGACGCUCCUCGCCGGCCCAUCGGACCGCGAGCAGGUCCGAGCGGCAGGUCCGGCGUCGCACGACGACGAGGCGGCGGCGCUCGCGCGGGCGCACGUGCUCGCCCCGGCGAUGGAGAGCAAGCUCGUCCUGUCGGAGAGGUGGGGCUCGCGCGCGUGGGCGGCGGCCAAGGUCGAGUUCGAAAACGAGCAGAGCAAGCUGGUCGGUGGUCACGCCUUCCCUCGAGCCCGCCUCGGGCCUCGCCGCACCGUCGUCCCGACCUGCUCGUGGUCCGCCGCCGACACCAAGAAGAUCCUCGCCGCCUGCAAGCGUCACGGCGUCACGAUCGCGCACGCCAUGUUUGCGCUGUCGAACCUCGCGCACGUGCGCACCGUCGCCGACGGGCGCCGCCAGCCCGACCUGCCGACCAUGCUCUACUCGGCGCUCAACGUCCGGCCGUCGCUCGUCAAGGAGGACCCGCCGGUCGACUGGUACCACAUCGCGAUCGGCUACUUCAACAUCAUCCUCCCGUCCUUCGUCCCUCGCUCCCUCUCGCCCGCCGACUACUUCUGGCACCAGUGCCUCUCGGUCAAGGCGCAGACGUCCCGCGCCGCCAAGUCGCCGUUCCUCGCGCCGCGCACGGCCCUCAUGGCGCUCGAGCGCGAGCAGCGCUCGAUCGGCGGGGAGCAGGAGAGCGUCGGGGAGAAGAUGGUCGAGCAGGUCCAUGUCGACCCGACCGGUCGCUCACAGGCGCCCAGCACGGCGCUCAUGGGUCUGUCGAUGCUCGGCAACCUCGACGGCAUCUACAAGCACGCCGACUUCCACGGGAUCAACCUCCACACGUUGACGACCGGCUCGCGACAGCGUCCAGGCGCCCUCCUCCUGUUCGCCUACACGUUUGCCGGACGCCUGUGGGUCUCGCUCGGGUACGACGAGAACGGGUUCGAGCCGGACACGAUCGAGCGCUGGCGCACCGCGCUGGUCGCCGGCGUCGACGAGCUUCUUUGGGGCGACGAGGACUCGGAGUGA